AUGUUGGAGAUGUAUAAUCAAUCUAAAGAACAUAAUGAAUAUUCAUUACCGACAUAUGCCACUCGACAUGAUACCUUAUAUUCAUUGGGACGACAGCAUUAUGUACCAGUUAAUAGUCAACCAACAACUGAUCUACCAUGGAAUUACAAGAUUCCUGAAAACGAUGAUGAAAAAGAAGAUGAUAAUGAUAAUAAUCAAGAAAUACAAGAACUAAACGAGUUAAUUGCAUCACAACAAUUGCGCGAGUUAUCAACAAAUAUCACACAUAAUGAAGAAAUUCUCAUGAAAGAUAUGAAAGCUGAAAUUGAGAAAAUUCCAAAUUUUUUAACAAAACAUAAUAAUUCAUUUAAACAAAUGUUAUAUGAGGCACAAUUAUUAAUAAAAUCAACAAGUCCAACAACAACUAUCGAUAUUAAACAGUUACGGGAAGUAGCAAUUAUAAUCUAUAAAAUCAUGAUUAUACAAACUUAUCAUCUACUUUGGACGGCAUAUUUGAAAUCAGGUGAAGGAGAUUUAAUAAUAUCAUCUGAAACCGUAUCAAUAUGGCCAAAAGAUAUUACAAGUUUAUUUAAAUUAAACAAUACAACCAAUUCUCAUGAAAUUUAUUUAAAUUUUGUCAAUCAACAAUUACAUGCAUUAGAUCAUCAACUAAAUAUAUGUAAAACUGAAUUGAAUACAAAAAAAAAUAAUAUAUGUGGUUAUUCGUUAAUGGUUCAAAAAAUAAUAGAAGCAUAUAUUGAAAAACAUAUUCAAUCUUUUCGUUUAAAAAUUGAACAUCAAAUUGAAUUGAUGCAUUAUGAUUGUCAUAUUCGAAUAUUCAAAUUAGAAUAUAUUCGACAUAAUCCUAAUCAAUAUCAGAUUGAAAUGAUGAACAAGAUUUGUCAAAGUAAAUAUGAACAAGAAACAACAGGACAAGAAUAUAAUUUCUUGAAGCAACAAAUUGAUUAUUAUAAUUCACCUAGUCAAGCGUUUCAACAUUUACCUAUAGCUCAAACAACAGGCAUCGGAACAAUUGAAAAUGCAGAGAUUCGAGAAGAUUUCUUUAAUCAAUACACAGAAGUAGCUUUAAAAGUUAGAAAUAAUUUAUUUCCAUUAUAUCUCACAACAGCUGCAGAUCAAAAAGAUGAAUUUAAAAAGAAGUAUGAAGAGAAUAUUAAAAAAUUAUUUACAGAUGGUAUUUUCAUCAAUGGAAAUAGAGACUUAUCUUUAUUUUUAAUUGAAAUUAUUAAUCAACGUUGUGAAAAAAUCAGUGAACGUAUCAAAUGUGUAUAUAGAUUCAAAGUUCAAUCUACUCUCCUUUCUGAUUAA